AUAUUAUGCUCACAAAUCUAGUAAAGCUAGGUUCCUUGAUAAUCCAAUUUGCAAAUAUUUUUAAAAUUAUUCAACCUGAAUUGAAAACAUGGCCCACAAAAAUUUGGAAAUUCAUUUGCAAAAUAGCAGUUAGUGAGUUAUGGGAUCCAUUACCUUUGUUCAAGACAAUUAAAAAUGAGGGAUAUAGGGGAAGAGAAUCAAAAUGAGUGCCCAGAAUUUUAGUAGGAAUUGAGAUGUGUGGAGUAACACUUUAAACAUACCUUUAAACGUGUAGGAUUGUUAAACAUAUGUAGGAAGCAAAAAUGCUAAACGGACAGAAGGGUUAUUAGUAUUUACUAGUUGAGUCUGGAAUUUCUGUACUCGUUAGGUUGUAGCUAGAGUACUAUAUACUGUGUUGAUCAUCCACCCCCAGCAGGAGAUAAUAGAAAAGAAAAUACUAAAAGCUUUUAUACAAGCCUAUAAAAAGUGAGGAGGUAAGAUACGUGUUGGUUCUUUAGAAAAUGAUUUAAGAAUUAAUGGAAAGAAAGGAAACAGCAGAGACUUUGAAUAAGUAUUUUCUUUGUGCCUUCAGUUAUAGCAUUCCAUCUACAGUGGAAUAUCUGAGAGCAAAAGGAAGAGGACUAUUUAAAAAAAAAUCCAUCUCUUGAGAAAAGGAUCUGAGAAUCCAAUGACACAAAAGGCCGGUAAGUCUCUUGAACCUGGUGACCUGCAUCCUGGAUAUGGCUGCAGAGAUAAUGAAGGCAUUGUUUGUAAUCUUUGAGCUGGAAAGGUUGAAGCAGAUUGCACCAUGCCUAAUUAAGAAAGGAAGGAGACAGUGAGCAAUAUGUGUUCGACCAAUUAGUCUGACAUGUUGGGGAAACACAAGAAAACAUUACCAAAGAAAUAAUAGCAGAACACUUGGAAAAUUAAUGUAAUCAAACAGACUCAACAAACAUGGUUUUAUCUAAGAAAUUAUAUUUGAUAUAUUUAUUGGAUAUAACAAACAAAGUGGAUAAAGGCAGCUGGUAAAUAAAUUUAUUUCAGUUUCCAUAAUCACAUUUGACAAGGCACAUAUAGAGGCUACUGCACAAGCAUUGGGUUAAUGUAGAACUAUGCAGAGGAAAGAUGCAAAAUACUGAAGUAACUCAGCAGGUCAGGCAGCAUCCCUGGAGAGCACGGAUAGGUGAUGUUUAGGAAUAGAAUAUAUGGAGAGUGAUUAUACAAUGCUUAUGUGCUGCUGAGCGUGUUCUUGUACAAGAGGCACAGUUUUCGAACAAGUAUAACAAGCAACAACAAAAAAUAAAUUGCAGACCUCUGGCAUAGUACAAAAGUGGCUUACAGCAUUUGUACAAGAUAUGAAUUAGCCCAUGCCUUCAAAAGUGCACAGUUUUAGUUUCCUUAUAAAAGGAAAAUGUUUAAAUUAAAAGCAAUUCCGAGAAAGUUCACUAAGUUUCCUGAGAUGAAGGGAUCUUAUGAGGAAAGUUGAAGCAGGUUGGGCCAGUACUCAUUGGAGAUAGAAGAAUGAGAAAUUAUCUUAUUGAAAUGUUUAGGAUUCUGAAGGGUUUGGUUGGAUAAAUGCUGAGAAUAUAUUUCAAUUCAUGGGCUAAUCUGGAACGCUUCAGGAUAAGAUGUUGCCCAAUUAAAAUGUAAAAAAGGUGGAAUUUUCUUUAAUAAAAUUGUGAAUCUUUUGAAACAAACUCAUAUUUCAGGUCGGAGGGUUGUCACCUGAACAGUUUCGAUGAAGGGCCUCCAUCCUUGAAACAUUGACUCUUUUUUUUCCCCCCACAGAUACUUCCCUAAUGUCUGAUUUUUAUGUUUUUGCUUUGUAAGGUCAACUGUUUGUAAUAAAUUUUGUGCCUCCUUUCAUGCUGAGUGUUUAUGAUUCAGUGUUUUAAAGCAGCAGAUUUAAUACAACAAUGGCUUGCUGAGAUAUCUUUGUUGUAGUACAUGUGCUCACAUAUGUCAUUUUAUUCAUUGCUGUUUUGCUAUUAAGUUCACUAUUAGUGACUCGAGGUGCAUUUAUCGUUGCCUAAAUUUGUUAUUACAUUGUCACUUACAUCGCUUUGUCUUCCAGGGUACGUCGCUCAGGUGAUCAUUGCAAUAAGGAAACUUCUGAACAUUCAAAAUUGCAUUAUUUUAAACAUCAAGAGGGAGAUAAAUUAAUUUAACAAUAAUUGACUGUGGAGACUGCAGAUCAUCAGACCAAAGAUUCUAUAGCUCUGCUAUAAGAUCUUUGCAUCAGACCAUAAGGCGAUGUGCUGCAUGAUAAAUAAAUCAUAGAUCGUAUUCAUGGUUCUUCGUUCACUUAAGUUUCUGACCAAUGUUUCUUCACUCUUGCUACAUGUUAACUACAAUAAUUUUCUGUAAAUUAAAUUUUAAGCAAGCGAGAGACUGGACCAUCCUUCUGGGUUAGAUUUGGUGGCUGAGAGAGGUAGAAUUAUAAAAGCAACUCCCAAUUCAUAGCUUCUAGACCAUGGUACACAAGGACAAUGGGGAAAAUACCUUAAUCAUCACUUCUCUUGGACAUGAAAGGUUUUUCUAGUCAACUUUUCCAAUUUAUUUAGCUAUACGAGAUGUGAUUCUGUCUGGCAAUAGGGCAAAUAAUAUUUUAUCCUCAUGUUUUGUUAUUUUGCUACUAACUUAAUUUAAUUUGGGUAAACUUCAAUUUAGAUAAACAACUAAGCCAACAGUAACCUGGUUAGGAAUUACCAAAUCAAUGUUUUUGUUUGGAAAAAGUAUUUAAUUUUAAAUUGAGAGGCUAGAAUUCAGAGAUAUUCCCGCCAUGGCAGUUUUUCAUACUUUACAACUUGUGAUAUAACAAUCUUUAUGUUUUAUGCACUUGUUUCACAGUGAUUUUGCCUGAUGUCAUAAAGGUAUGUUCCAUCACUGUAGUUACCCUGCUCCAAUACUCUGAUGUCACAAAGUUGUUAAAGUAACCCCGCAGUGGUAAACCCGUAGCUUAAAGUACGACAAGGGAAGAUGGUUUACAGAGUGCUUCCAGUUGGUCUGAUCAAUUCAGCCCAGAAAUACCUGACAGCAGAGAAUUUCAAUUUCAGAGUGAAUGCUACCAGUAAUAUGUUGAAGAUAAAACAGAUUUGGACCAUUGAGUUUUUGAAGGAAAGUUCUCCUAUGGUCCAUGUCAGGAGUUCUCUGAGGAGGUACUUAGCUGGAGAUAAUAAUGGGAAGAUCACAUGUGAUCAGGAGAUUCCUAAUCCUUAUAACAAGUUUGUGAUGAUCACACAUGCAGAUGGCAAGGUCUCCUUCCAAUCUGAGGAGACAAAACGUUACUUGGGAGGAGCAGAGGAUAAUAUCACUUGUUUUGCCCAGGCAAUCACAGAGAGUGAAAAAUGGGUGAUACACCUGGCUAUUCAUCCCAACAUCAACAUGUUUAAUCAGGGCAAAAAGAAAUAUCUGCGUUACGACAUCACUGCGAAUGCAGUGCAGUGUGACAGCGAAUUACCCUGGGGCCGAGACUGUGUUGUGACACUCAUCUUUAACUUCAAAGAGAAGAAAUACAGCAUAAGGACAAGUUGUGGAGAUCUUAUUGCCUGCAAUGGAAAGCUUGAGGGAUAUCAGUCAUCACGGACGUUGUACAUCCCAGAGAUAAGGUGUGGAAUGUUUUGCUUAAAGGACACUGAUGGAAGAUUUUUGAGCGGAAGGGACAACUAUAUUCGAACUUUUAAAUGUGACAGUCCCAGUCUGGAUGAACUCUUCUCACCUGACCCAAGCCUUGGCCAGGUCACCAUUCGAUCACUGUUUAGCUGCAAAUAUGUCAGUAUUAGCCCAGAUGCCGAUGUCCAUGCUCUACAGACGCAAGUAACAGACACUGAAAUCUUUCAGAUAAUCAUCAAUAACACGACUAGGAAAGCUUGCUUUCUUGGUUUUGGAAAGGACUAUCUUUCAGUGGGUCCUCAAAAUACGAUUGUGGGAAGCCCUAUUCUGACUGAUGAUUGUUGGUUUAAUAUUGUGUACAAUGGACCUAAGGUGACGAUAAAGACAGGAGAUGGAAAACUCCUCAUCACAAAUUCCACUGGUCAGCUUGUGGUAGGAUACUUUUCAGCUGAUAUUUCUCAAGAAUUCAUCUUGAAACUCGUUAACCGACCACUUCUAAUAUUACAAAGUGAUUUUGGCUUUGUGGCAUUUGGUUGUGGGACACAAAGAUUAGAUGGAGACAGGCCCAUGUAUGAGGCAAGUCGGAUGACUUCAGAUGAAGAUGGCUACUACCAAUUCAAACUUGUGUCCACAGACAAGUAUUGGGAAAUGGAUAAAGAUGGCUAUGUCAGCGGUACAGGGGAGCAGCCAAUCAACUUCAUUAUCCAGCUGGUUGGUUCGAACGUUCUGAUCCUCAAGGCUCCCAAUGGCAAAUACAUGAUAACUCAACAAAGUGGAGACUUCAAAGCAACAGGGGAAGAUGCCAAGUCUGCCACUAUGUUUCUUUAUUGAUCAACAAAAGAUGAUUUGAUUUUGAAAAAACCCCGUUAAAUUCCCGAAUAAGUCUGUAUGAAUAGCUGGAAAUAAAUUAUAUAUAUAUACUUUAAGAUUUCUUCCUGUU